CAGUAUCUAUUUACCCCGCCAUUUCGACCGAAGGUCCCCAGAUUGACAUCGAGCCACGCGAUUCCACGAUUUCAGUUUGAGACUUUCUCCAGAAAUCCAGUCGCUGCUGAACCUCCUUUCCGUUUUGCCUCAAAUGUUGGGCGAAACAGGACCCGGGCCAGGAUGAUCGUGGGUGUGGAUAAAGAGAAAGGAUUUCGACUGGUUGCCUGGACGCCGCUGGUUGGCUUAGCGCUGGCGUGCGGCCAUUCGACUCAGUUCCCCUGAGACGGUCUCUUCGAGUCUCCCUGAUCCUCCAUGGAACCCUGGAGGUCCGAGGUUCGUCGAUCCUGUCGGCGGCGGGGAUUCAUAUGCUUCGGUUUGUUUUCAUGCGAGGGGCAGAAACUCAAGCUUACAUUGCCAUUAAAUCGACUGCUGCGCCGCGCCGCAGUCUGACAACUUUCAGCUUCACAACUCUUCUCUUUUUCUCAAUCCAUCUUUUUCGACAUCCUCUAUCUCUUCUUCACCCUCCUUCCUUUGUAUUAUUAUCAUCACACACAAUGGCUUAUGUCGGUCACACCCCGCCUGGAUGGCUUGGAAACCUCUCCGCGGAACAGGAGGCCAAGCUGCAGCAGAUGUGGAACGUCGUCCUCGUGCUGCUAGACGCCGCUUCCCUGGGCGCACCCGAGCAGCCCACCGAGACCCAGAGCGGCGAAGCCGACAAGGCAUCGCUCAAACGAUCCGACACGAUGGUCUCCGCCAGCGGAAAGGGAGCAUUCACGGCGCAGCUGUCCCAAAUUCUCAAAGAGACUGGCUUGACCGCCGCCGAAAUCAAGUCCCUCAAGGACCUCCUGCAGGAUAUUACUGCCGAUGAGCUGCGUGCCGGCCUGCUGAGCACGGCCAAGAACGAUAACCCGGAUGGUCUGCUUCUGCGAUUCCUGCGCGCCCGCAAGUUCGAUGUCGGCAAGUCGUUCAACAUGAUGCUGAGAGCGAUGGUCUGGCGGAUCAAGCAAGUUCAAGUUGACGAGAAGGUCUUGCUUAACAGUGAGCUGCAGGCUCUCCAGGAGUCAAAGAACAAGCUGAAGCCCCACGAUGCCAAAGAAGCCGAGGAUUUUCUUGCCCAAGUGCGCAUGGGCAAGUGCUACCAGCACGGUGAGGAUAAGCAGGGCCGCCCUGUCGGUAUCGUGCAGGUGAAGCUCCACAAGCCCUCCGCUCAGAGCACCGAGGUCAUCAACCGAUACAUUCUUCACAUUAUCGAGUCUACUCGCCUACUGCUCAGGCCUCCGGUCGACACAGUGACCAUUUUAUUCGACAUGACCGGCUUCACCCUAUCUAACAUGGAAUACGCUCCUGUCAAAUUCAUCGUUGAGUGUUUCCAAGACAACUACCCCGAGUCCCUCGGAAACAUGAUCAUCCACAACGCCCCCUGGGUUUUCUCCGGCAUCUGGAAGAUUAUCAAAGGCUGGAUGGACCCCGUGAUUGUCGCCAAAGUCCACUUUACAUACAACGUCAAAGACCUCAGCAAAUUCAUCGAUAUGGAGAAGCUGCCCAAGGCCGUCGGCGGCAAGGAGGACUGGACGUACGAAUACAAGGAGCCCGUCGAGGGUGAGAAUACUCUAAUGGAAGACACCGCAACGAGGGAUGCUCUGCAGGCAGAGCGCCUCAAGAUCGGCGAGAAGCUCCUUCAGGAGACCUCGCAAUGGAUCAAGGCCGGUGGGCAGAAGAAUGAGGACGAAGUCAAGGCUCACCAAGCCAAGCGCGAUGAGCUUAUCGAGGAGCUUCGCGUCAACUACUGGAAGAUUGACCCGUAUACCCGUGGGCGCAACGUCUUGGAUCGCACGAAUGUCAUCCAGCACGGCGGAAAGAUCGAUUACUACCCCAGCAGCUCGGUGUCCGUGCAACCACCUGUGUUGGAGCUCAAGUCGUUGGAGAUUGAGCACGUUGAGCGGAGUGAGGUCAAGGUGGCGACUUCUUAGGGAGUAUUAGACGUGGCUUUAGAUAUACAUGAUGGUUUAAGAUGCUAUGAUUCCCAAUGAAUUGAGUUUUGUUUAACAUUGAAGUCGAGUGCUAUUCUUGGAGUGUUAUCAAGUG